AUGGUGUCUUCUGUGAUAAAAGAAAAGGUUUUUCUUGCAAAAGUCAAUGAAGAAAUUGCAAGCUAUGAUGAUAACAAUGAUGAAAAAAGUUCACUAGAUCUUGAUAAAAAUUUGGAAUUCAUCAAGCAUUUUGACUCCAAAGCAAACCUGGAAGAAGUUUCUGACAGAGUGAUCACUAAAAAGCUUGAUAAGAUUUUCAUCCUUCCUAUGACAAUAGUAUAUACAUUACAGUUUUUGGAUAAAGUUUCAUUAAAUUAUGCGAAGGUUAUGGGUGUGACUGUCGAGCUCAAUUUUACCGGAAACCAAUUUUCUGACUUGGCUACUUACUUUUUUGUAGCUUAUAUCGCUGCUGAGUUUUUACAAGGUUUUAUUAUAAUUCCAAAAUUUCCUGUGGGAUUGGUUUUAGGGGUUAACGUAGUAAUUUGGGGGGUUACAACGAUGUGUUGUGCAGCUCCAACUUCUUUUCGAGGGUUAUUGGCAGUCAGAAUCCUUUUGGGAAUCUCAGAAGCUGCCGUAGUUCCAUGUUUAACUUUAAUCACCACUAACUUUUAUACAAAAUCUGAGGGUAGCUUUAGGAUUGGAUUAUGGUAUUCUGGUUUAGGGUUCGGUCAAAUUAUUGGAGGUAUUUUGUCAUAUCUUUUUCAGCUUGUGAGCCCUUCAGCUGCAGUGAGUGGCUGGAGAAUCUUAUUCCUAGUUGUAGGAGCUGCUAAUAUAGUAGCGGGAAUCUACGUCUGUUUCUUUAUUCCGAGUUCUCCAUUAGAAACGAAGCAAUUAACCCCCAAAGAAAAAUACGUCUUGUUAAUGAAAUUGAGCAGCGAAAAGAUUGGUGUCGGUAAUAAUAAGGUAUCAAUACUGCAGAUAUUUGAAUUGAUACGUGAUGUUCAAGCCUGGUUGUUGCUCCUCAUAUCUGCUACCAUUUCAUUUUCAUCAAACACUAUCUCAACAUUUUCAGCUACUGAUAUCAUCUCUUUUGGGUUUACUUCAAAAGAAGCAGCAUUACUAAAUAUUCCAUCAGGACUAGUAAGUGUUCUAUCUAGCUGGAUAUCUACUUUCCUUAUUAUGAAAGGGGUUCCUCGAUAUUUGGCUAUAUCCGUAUUGUUAAUACCAGCAGUGUGUGGCGGUGCCUUGAUGUCAUUUUUACCUAAAACAAAUAAGGCAGGCCUCUUGAUUGGAAUUUAUAUGAUAAAUACAGUUACCCCCCCUUUAGCCAUUUGUUAUUCGUGGGCAGGGGCUAACUUUGCUGGAUCAACCAAAAAAGUAGGGAGCACCGCCGUCUUCAUUUGCGUUGGGUUUGCAUUGGGAAAUAUCGUGGGACCCCAAUCAUAUAGAGUUGAAGAUUCGCCGAACUACUAUCCGGCAAAGAUUUCAAUGCUUGUAACGCAGGCCGUGAGUAUUCUACUUGCUCUUAUCAUUGCCGGAAUUUAUUAUCGACGUAACAGAAUAAGAGAUAAAAGCCUAUCAAACGAGGCUUCGAAUGAGAAUGAAGAAUUGGAAACUGUGUGGGCGGAUUUAACUGACUUUCAAAAUAAGUCAUUCAGAUAUUCAUACUGA